AUGCUCGCAGCUACCCCGGGAGCGGGCUCGGGUCGCCGCGAAGGGAGAAGGGAGAGAGCAAUCGGGCAGAGCCAUCUGGCCAUCAACAUAUCCCUGGGGAAGGGAGACUCCAGUCGCGCUGGAUACAGGGUUCAUUCAGUCCAACAGGGCUGCAUCCUGCAUCCUGCAUCCUGGCAAGCGAGUGGGAGGGCUUUGCGGGUUUGGACAUUGGAAGCUUGCUGCAUGGUGGCCUUUGGCGUUAAGGCCUACGCAGUAAUCAACCCAUCAUUUAUUACGCAUCAAGCCCGAGUCAACCGGGCCGAGAGGAAGAAACAACCCAAGCCCGAAUUGGUCCCGAAACAACCAUCCCUUCCUCCGCACCCGCAUACCCGGCUCCGUCACCCGCGAGUGAACCGAACCACUGCAGGCCACCCCAACCGCCCACCAAUCCAGAAGCCCGGCGCCACCAUUGAUGUUGACGUUGACGUUGCAUUCCCCAACUCCCCAGCAACACCCGCGCCAACGUCGCGUUGGACUGCACCUAGAACCGCCACCCACAUGGCCCCCGUCAACGUUGAACGGGCACUGUUGUUUCGCUGGCUGAUGAAUGGCCGAACGUCAGACCAUGACGCAGGUGGCACCAGGAGCCGCCAGGAGCAGCCGCUCUUCAAGACUCGAACAGAGGGGAAAUGCAAGGAAGGGUGGGAUUAA